UUUUGCUAAGAAAGGGAACGAAAAAGUCUACGAUAUUUUUAAUUUAGACUGCAAUGACUGAUUUUGAAACGCAGAAUGGCUUCCCGCCAAUGAAAAAUGAUCUGAUUUUGCGAGCAGCCCGUGGGGAAACAACUGAGCGGGCUCCCGUAUGGGUUAUGCGACAAGCGGGGCGCUAUCUCCCAGGUAAGUUGCUGAGUCAAGAUCGUGAUUUUGCGCUCGGCACGCAACUAGGAUUUCCAGUUACUGGUCUAGUUCCUGUCAUAGGCUGGAUAAAAUUGUGAUUUCUUUUUAUCCUAGUUAAAGCUCCCUUAACACUUUUUUUGUUGUUGUUUCAUCGGCCGGGUCAUUUCAGCUGACUUUAUUGCACAGGAUACCCAAGCGCAAAAUGAAGGGCAAAAGUGACCUCAUUUAACUUCAUUAUUUUGUAUUUUCCCAUUCAAGUAUUGUACUCUUACAGUGAGAUUAAAGGGAAAAUAAAGCUGUUGAGUUUUGGCAGUUGUGGUAACACGAUGAAGGCACCCAUUCACCCAUCCAGACAUAUCAUAGAGUUUUGUGGACACGUUGGAUAAACUCCACUGUAAUUGCUAGAGAAUGACAUGCCAGGAAUGAGGCAGAAUAUAGCUGUACAAAGUCCCAAGCUGUUAUACGUAUUUGUAUGGGGUGGGAGGAGAGAGCUCAAGAGGGGGUAGGGAGCAAAAACACUUUCCCUAAUGAUAUGCCAAUAAGUUAAUUUUUUUCUCAGAAUUCCGUAAAUUAAAGGAAGAAAACAAUGCUGAUUUCUUCAAGAUGGUUCAAACUCCAGAGUUGGCGUGUGAACUUACUUUACAGGUAAACAAGCCUUUCACAAGUUUGGAUUAUUUUGAAAUCUGACUUUUAUGAUACAUCCACUUCACCAUGCCCAUUGAUUAUGCAACACUUGAAGCCAUAAUUAGUAAAUUUCAACAAUGAAUCAUUGGAUCAGGUAUAUACUGUGUUUUCUCAAUUAAUUAAUAAUGUUCUUAGAGUGUAUUUAACACUUAUUAGAGCGUGGAUGCUUAUUUGUGGAAAUAUGGUAGAUGUAUACCAAAUUAUCUCACCUCGAUGUUGGUAAUUUUUUGCAGCCUAUAAGAAGAUUUCCUCUGGAUGCUGCUAUCAUUUUUUCAGACAUCCUUGUCAUUCCUCAGGUGGGUACAUGUACUCAGGUCCUCCUGUAAUAUCAGCAUGCACAUUCUCCUCACUGUUCUCCAUACGUUUUUUACUUGUACUGAUUGAGAGAAUUAGUUCAAAUUUCAAGACAUCUCACCAGCGCUGAUCAUUGCACUCAUUCUCUUGACCUGUGCAUGUGAUCUGGCAGUGAUACUGUGAGGAGAAAUUUGAUACUUGGCAUACUUAAGAAUGAGUUUGGACAUGGGACCGGAGGGCGGAGGAGGGCGGGGGCAAUAGUGGUAUACAGUUGUAAUAAUUUGGGGUUUGAGAAACUGAAUCCUAUUACCCUAUCAGUACUAAUGAGUCUUUGCUACCUUUUUUCUGUUUUUGAUUCAACAGGCUCUUGGAAUGACAGUUGAAAUGAUCCCUGGAAAAGUAAGUGCUAACCCCCCAUCUGUGUGUAAGAUAAUGACCGAGGAGAUAAUGUAAUAUGUUACUUGUAUACUGUACAGACAUGCAUGUGUGAAUACGAAAUAAUAAUAAAAACCGUAUGACUGGGUUAAGUUAUGUUAUUUAUAUAUAAUUUUAUUAGAAAUUAAUAAUUUUUGGAUGCAAAAUAUUAUUUUUUCUCCUCUAUUUUAGGGUCCAGUUUUCCCAGAUCCAAUCAGAGAACCAAGUGACAUUGAGGUGACAAUUAUCUUUUCCUGAAUUAUUUGCUCUUCAUGGGUGGGAGAACACUCACUUUACUGUGCACAAUAUUAUCUACUUCACAGAAACUUAAACAGGAAGUUGAUCUACAGAAGUCACUGGGAUAUGUGUUUCGUGCUAUAAAUCUGACAAGGGUUAAGCUGGAAGGCAAGGUUCCCUUGAUUGGUUUUUCUGGAGCACCGGUAAGAAAAGUGUCACUCAAUGAGGCCAGUCUUUUAGUGCUUCAAAUUAUUAUCCUCUCCUAUUCCUUUACAACAAAGUUCAUAGAAGUUUCUACUAAAAACAUGUUUGUCACUCUAUUUUUGAUGUUUGUUCGGAUCAAUGUAGCAGCGUGCAAAGAAAGCAGUGUCUGAUAGCCCAAGGCUAGUGGAUUUUGCUAUCGGACUAGUGAAUUCUGUCUUUAACUUGCCCGACGGGCAAGUGAUGUUUUUUGAGGAAUUUGAAUAACGGAAGAACUGUGAAAUCAAUUUUGCGAGUCAAAAAGUUUUUGGGGCUAGCUGAAAUUACCUCUGGGCUAGUAAAUGCUAGAUUCAGCUUGCUCGAAUGGCAAGCUGUAAAAAUGAAUUUCUUUGUACCCUGAUGUAGGUUUCUGGGAAACUGCCCACCAACCCCUCCCCUAACCAUCAUUUUGCCCAAAGCAAGAAUUAAGUGUUAAUGUUAGCUUAGGGGAGGGGUAGGUGGGCAGUUUCCCACAAACCUAAAUUCAUCCGUUUGUUCACUAUAAACAAAAUUACUGGAGGCUAAUAAAAUAAUAAUUAUCAUUUGAAAACUAUAAUUCUCUUUGUAUUAAGCAGCCACCCUCCAUUUAGCUGCCAGUUAACAGAGUCCCUGCAGACAAAAUUGUCAGUAAUUAAGUUCACUUUAAACAAAACCUCUAUAAGCAUUAACUACUUGUCCCUUCCCUGAGGGUGGGUGGGUGUUUAUGACAGAAUAAGGAUUAUUUUGCAAACAUUUUUCACAGCUUGCAUGGGAAUGGAGCCUGUUUGAUACAAAACCAUUAUUACCAUCAAGUAUAAAGUUCUUUAGACUCUUAUUAUUUAACAGGAAUCUUCUGUUUAACCUAUUAUUGAGUGUUUUCUUUUUGAAGUGGACCCUUUUGUGCUACAUGAUUGAAGGAGAAAGUAGCAAGACUUUCAACAAAGCUCGUAAAUUCUUACAUCAGCAUUUAGAAGUUUCCAGUCAACUUCUGCAGCGGAUGACAGAUUUAAUUAUUGAUUAUCUGGUGCUACAGGUCCGAGCUGGAGCUCAGGUAAAUAUUAUACGGACUUAAUGAUAUUAUUUAUUACAUUUACUAUCUGAAUCAUCUAUUCCCAGGUGUGAAAGGUACAGUAUGUGUACACUGUUAUCCCCCCCUCAAAAAAAAAAACAACAUAAAGUUUAAUUCUCCCACACAACUGGGAGCCAUGCCGAGCCGACCAUGCAGCCCGACCUUUAUUUUAUCAACACUACGAAUCAUUAGUGUUACAGCACCAAAAGAGAGCUAACAAAACAGCUGAAACUGAGCCUAGAUACAAUAGAUUAACAUACAAGAAUAACUGGAACUAAGGCACUACUUGAAAUCCUACAACCCAAAAAACACAUGAAGGGUGGGUGGGAGGGGAAGGUCAGGUAAUGGCGGAAGGCAACAAAAACAAAUAAACUCUGACAUGCCACCUGAAGUCCCCCCACACACUCGAACCCAAAAUCCCAGCCGAGUUUGAGAAAAAUGUUUCCACUUCUUUCGUUCCUCAGCCAGCGCAAAACCACACUUACAAUAUGGAAACUCUCCUUUAGCAACUGCCCCAACUCAUUAUUAAGUGACUAGCUAUAGUUAAGACCAGCCUUACCCUGUUUGAACUGUGUCUUGAGCUCGAUCUGUGCUUUAAUGAAAAUUUAUAAUUAAAAGCUUUUGUAAGGGACCACUACCCGUAAGUAACCUUGACCAAGAAGUUUUGACCAUGUUACAGGUGAAAUUUUAUUUCAGGUUUUAAAUUUUGAUUUAACUGCUAGGUUGAUUCUCAAUAUUCUUUGUCUCCUACCUAUAAGUGUCAAAGGAAACUGAGAAGCAACUUAGGUUAAGAUUUUAGCCUUAAGUCAAAAUUGACCUGUGACAACUACGAUUAAAACUUCUGUGCAUAAGCCUUGUAACCAACAGAUAAGAUUUUUUUGCUGCUAAUAAAUAAUAUUAACAUUUGUCUCAUUUAGAUGCUGCAAGUCUUUGAGUCUCACGCAGAAGUGAUAGGUUACGACACUUUUACACUUUGUUCACUGCCCUACCUCAAGCAAAUUGUUGAAAAAGUAAAGGAAAAGUUAGGAUCUGAUGCUGUCCCAAUGGUGAGCUGCCAGCUUAAUUAUGUUGAGUCUUCAGACUAAUUGAGUGAACAUUAAAAUGUACAUGAAAAGAUGGUCCAGGGGUUUCGUUUUUUGUAAUUUAUUUUACAGAAAUUAUACUAUACAAAAUCCUACAGGGUUACAUACGACUGAUAUGAAACCGUUAGGCAGAGCAUUUGUUUGGUCUCAUGAUACUUAUUUUUUGGAAUUUUACAAAAAGGAAUUUGGAAGUUUUGUAAAUUUUUUCUAUCGGCCAAUAGACAAAGACUGUAAGGAUUAACAACUAUUUUUAAAAUAUUCUUUUUCUGUUGCAGACAAUUUUUGCUAAGGGUGCACACUAUGCCAUCAAGGAACUUUCUCAGACUGGAUAUGAUGUUGUUAGCUUGGACUGGACAAUGUCAGCUAAAGAUGCAAGGUGAGGCAAGAAUUAUUGUAAACCCAUCAUUAUGAUGCUAACCCUCUGAGCCCCAGAUAUCCAUGUACAAAAUUCUCCAGACUCGUCUCCAUACAUCGCCUUAAAGAAUGUUGAGAAAAUUUGAAAACAAAGAUCAAAGAAAUUCUUUGGUGAUCAAUUUCUAAAUACUCAUACACUUUUCUCUUGAUGAUGUGCAACCAAUGGUGGGAGAAAAUUGAUGUUGGUCACUCUUGGGACCGAAAGGGUUAAAGGGUCUUAAGUGCAGAUCGGCUGGUACGUAUUUUGGUGCAGAGUUGCCCUGCAGUGGGGGACAUACUAUAAUUUAUUGAUUAUAUGCAUGUACUAGGUAAGGAAUACUGCUCAAAGGUCAGGGUUUUGAAGAGUUUGGGUUGGCAAUUAUAGGGUAUCGCUUCAGGAAAUUUGAUCACUUGUGAAGAGCAUGAGAGGUUCUGGUUCAUACAUGUAGUUAGUCUGGGAUAGGGUAGGGAUUUUGUGCCUAUAUGUCUAGAAUAGCGUACUUGCAAAAUGCAGCUGCAUGAAUCCGGUAUAAUAUAUAGGUGAAGGGCUCCACAGUCCCAGCAGACAGUACACUCUGUUCCAAAAUGUUGUAGAGUAGCUCCUGGUGUGUCAUGGUGAUCAUGUGAUGAGGCCGGCCCUGUUAGGGUAAAACUUCAACAAGCAAGAUGGCCUAGAAACAGAGACCUGAGACACCUAAAAUGGUGAAAAAAGACACAAAGAUGGGUAAAACUGUGACCCACAAUAGCAAAGAAAAGUGGAAAAUUAUAUAGUAACAACAGGGAUAUAGGUUCCUCCUCAAUACAUGAAACGAUGGGUUUUGAAAUUUAGACAAGGGACAUAAGUACCACCCCUAUGAGCCUACGAGGGCCUCUGUGAUUAUUGGGUGCCCGAAACUAUGCUACUACAGCUGUAGCUGCAGUCUUGUGCCCUACCUUACUUGUCUGAUGCUAUCCAAUGAUCACGUUAUUGGAUGUUUAGUCUCCAUCACCCAUCACAGCAGACUCCUCAAGAGACUGUGGCAACCCUUUGUUUUCGCAAUCCUGCCGUCCUGUACCACUGAAUUAAUUUCAUGCAGUAAGAGAUAGCAAUCAAUUAGGAAUCACUAGGUACCAAGUAGAAUUAUCCUCAAACGGUAUUGUCUUACUUCAAGUCAGAUCAUCAUUGGGUAGUACUGCCACUUUGUCUUACAGCUGCAGACAUCCAAUAUGAUCCCGCAAUAUAAAUUCCAGGUUACUGAGGUGCUAUCUAUGUCAUGUACUUUAAUCAGUAACAUUUUUGUUGGUAGGAUUGUUGCACCAACUGUGACUCUUCAGGGGAACCUUGAUCCAGCCUGUCUUUAUGGAAGCCAUGUAAGUUAUAAGUUAAAUUAUUAUACAUUUUACUCACUCUCUAACUUCUCAUUGGCUAAGACCCUACAAUUACAGGUAAUUUGGAAAUCAGCACAAACUAAAGAUUAGUUAGUUAUCUGCUAGCAUAUUAGCGAUUAAUCUGCAGGGUGCAGGCACAUUCAUGAUUUCCAAGAGCAAUGUCAAACUGUGUUCCAUGCAGUGCUGAGUUUGUUUUCUUCAAAACAAUGUAUAAUACAACAAUAGAUUGAGUUUUUGUGAUAUCGGGAAUAAUCACGGUCUCUGCAAGUGUUAUUCAGCCUCGGCCUUCAGCUUACCUCGGCCUUGAUUAUUGCACAUGUCACAAAAACCUUAUCCAAUAAUUGUUUAUUAAAAAAUCCCUAUUCAUUAUUGUUUCUUUACUGGUGGCUCUUGGUAAUUUUGCAUCAAUUUCAUGGUAUUUUUACACCAUAUAUGAUUUUAUGAUUCUAUAAUUAUCAGGAAUUAAAACGGUUCGCUUGCUUUCGCAGGAGGAUAUUCGUUAUGCAGUGAAGAAUAUGCUGAGAAAGUUUGGCACUCAACGUUAUAUCGCCAAUCUAGGACAUGGGAUGCACCCAGACCAUGACCCAGAAAAACUUGCCACUUUCAUAGACACUAUCCAUUCCUACUCAGAAACAAUGAAUGAAAGAAAGCUUAGUGGUGACUGACUUUUACAACCCUGAAUCAUGAGGAUAGUUAACAUAGAUUCUUUCCCAUAUUGCUGUCAAAAUUUCUUUAAGUAAAACUCCAUCAAAAUAACAACUAGUCAGGUUGGGAAACAAAGUAAAGUUUCAUACAUACAGUCGAACCUCCAUGUGCAACCAGCUCCCAUAACCAACCACUUAUCCAAAACACCAAAAUUUUGCCAGGCAAAGCCUUAUAGUUGGAAUCUCUUGUAAAUGACCACCAUCUCAGGUGGUCACUUACAGGAGGUUCAACUGUACAUGUACGUUAUUUUUGUAAAACCAGCAACAUGUUGUCACACCACACCACAAAGACAAGUGUGCAGCGGAACAGCAUUGUCUGUGGCUACAAAGGCCAAUGUGGGAAUGACAGUCUUUGCUGCAAUGCGUGCAUAUAUGAAUAUUUGCCUCAGUAUUUAGCUGCCUGUCUUUGCCUUUUUGUCUCUUUGUUUCUUGUUUUUCAGCGAUCUCAGGCUAGUUUCAAUGUAUUGGACAGUUAGGAAGGUAAUUUCUUCCAAAUCACAGACAUGCUAACAGAGAAACUUUGUAUUUUGUUGGACUGUUAAGAUAAAAUUAUUUAUGUUUUGAUGUAUUUUUCCUGAAGUAAAGUAAUCUAAAACUAAUUUAUGGACUUCAGUCAAUAAAAGCAAC